UUUUGGAAGUUAAAAAAGAAAGGGUUCAGUUUUCCUUUUGGACGCGACGGUGUGUCAUUUAAGACGAGGAAGGUAGCGGCGGACGGUGAGUACAACAAACGCAGAGAAUGGCGGAGGAUGGCGGAACAGCCACAAUGACUGGAAGGAAUGAACACGAAGAAAGAGAAGACGAAAGAGAAACACCGAAAGAGAAGAAAGAGAUGUCUCCAUGGGAGCAGCACUCGGCGGUGAUCAAGCUUCCCCGGUUCGACUACAACGCCCCCUCCACUCUCCUUCAUGGCUCCCAUUCGGGCUUUCUUAUCACUUGUACUAUCAAACGGGAGAAAAGCGCUACCAAGGAAGCAAUCUCUAUACUCCACAAGUUUGCCAGGCCCUUCAGCAAGGGUUCUUAUAACAGUUUGAACGACCUUGAAGAUGAUAACGCUUCUAAGAAAAGAAGGGUAUGCACAGAAGAUGAUGCUGAGGAGUGUUUGGACAACAAGGAAAAGGAAACAGCCUCUGCCACUUCUAACUCUGGAGACGGUAUUGAGUGUAAGCUUUUAAGCGGGAGCGGUAAUAGAGCAGAGACAGAUGCUGAAGGAGUUCCUGGUCUUUCCCUGGUUAAGCUUACAAGGAGUGGUUUGCUUCUCUUUACAUUUCCAGAGGACGCAUUGCCCGACACUGUUGAUAUUGUGUCAAAUAUCAUUCAAGCUUAUGAAUCUGGGAGUGUGAAAUCGCCAGCCUGGUGCCAUCGCGUUUUCCCAAUCCAGGCUACCUGUGGUUUAAAUGAAAAAGAGCUGCAAGAAGUAGUAUCAAUGCUAGUUAAAAAGUUUGUGGAUGAUAAACAGAACAUACUUGAACGACCUGUAAAGUUUGCUGUUGGGUACAACCGAAGAGGAAUUGAAGAGACGAAGUAUGUGAAAGAAAAAUCAAAGGAUUCCAAUGCAUUCAGUUUGCUAGACCGCAAUAAGUGCUUUGGCAUAGUGGCUUCUGCAGUCAAUUGCGUGGUGGGAGAUUCAGUAGUUGACCUCAGGAUUCCAGAGCUGUGUGUUCUUGUCGAAGUGCUCCCCAUUUCCGGAGUGCCAAACGGGUCGAUUGUGGUUGCUGUCUCUGUCCUCCCUAGGAACCUUGUUAGUACGAAGCCUCGGCUCUGCGUCAGGGCCUUGAAUUCAAAUACAAAGGAAGGGUCUAUGGCUGAAUGAGAAGUGCCGGUGAUUCUUUCAGAUGGCUUAUGCUGGAAUACAUGGCGUAUCCCUUAUGACUCUUUGAUACAACUAAAAGUAGCCCCUCUCAAACUCGGCUGAAGGUAUGAGCAAUAGCCUAACAAAUUAUUCUGGCUCUGUUAACAAGUAGAACCUGCUGUCAAUUUUGCACCUAUUUAUAAUGUGGCUAUUAUGUCAAUUGAAUGUGUUUUGUGAACAAAACUGAAACACAAUGGAACCCUAUGGUCUUGUGAUACAUGAGUGGGUUUAUAUGUUGUACUUCACCAAUUUCAAUAUCUUAUGGUAUAUUGAUGAAACCAAAAAUAGUCUGCAUUUGAUAUAGAAUUUUCGGAUAUGCAUGAUGUAUAGUCAAUUUAGUAGUCCAGGUGUAAUUAAACCAUGUUAGGAAGCUUAUUUCUUACAAGCUGAGGUCCAUAAAUUUGACAAUUAAUGUGGUAAUAAGGAUGUGAUGCAGUAUAUAUAAGUUUAUUACUUUGUUUGAUUGUCAUAAUCCAUAAGUUAAUUGUUACAGUUAUGCUACACGCUCCAACUACCAAGUCUAACCAAGUUGGUCCAAACUCAACAAAAAUUAGUUUCAUUAGUGAAAGCGUGAAUACACGCUCCAACUACAUAGAGCGUUCCCGCGCUCCUCCUCCUCCUUUGCGUGUUUCCUCCUCAUCGUCGUUUUUUUAUUGCUACUGUUGUCGCUGCGUUUUUUUUUCUUUUCCUCUUCCUCUUCCAAGUGAUUUUGCAGCAUUAUGUGUUUCUUCUU